UGGGAAGGAACAGGGUAAACUGGGUUAAGCCAUUCAGGAGAAGCGUAGGAUGAAGUCUCUUCUGUUGGUACUGAUUUUUCAGGCCACAGCUUCUGGAGCUGUUUCCCUGACCAACAAUUCAAGCCCUGAAGAAAAUGACGUGGUGUUUGCUCAAAGGUACUUGGCAAGCUUCUAUGGCCUCGAGAUGGAAACAACCCCAGUGACAAAAGUGAAAGUCAAUGGGAGCCUCGUGGAGAAUAAAAUCCAGGAAAUGCAGCGGUUCUUGGGGUUAAAAGUGACUGGGCAGCUGGACAAAUCCACUAUGGAUAUGAUGCACAGACCCCGAUGUGGCGUGCCCGAUGUUCAUAAUUUCAGAGUAUUUCCAGGGAGGCCUGGAUGGAAGAAACGCCUUAUCACCUACAGAAUCAACAAUUACACUCCUGACAUGAAGCCUGAGGAUGUUGACUAUGCCAUCCAGAAAGCUUUCCAAGUAUGGAGUGAUGUGACCCCCCUGAAAUUCAGAAGGACUAAUGCGGGCGAGGCUGACAUCAUGAUACAAUUUGCACUUGGAGCUCAUGGAGACUACUAUCCUUUUGACGGCCUAGGGGGAGUUCUAGCCCACGCUUUUGCUCCUGGAUCUGGUAUUGGAGGAGACGCACAUUUUGAUGAGGGUGAAAACUGGACUAAAAACUCCAGAGGCACAAACUUGUUCCUAGUUGCUGUUCAUGAGCUUGGCCAUUCCUUGGGUCUUGACCAUUCCACUGACCCAAAAGCCAUAAUGUUCCCCACCUACAGAUAUACUGACCACAACAACUUUCACCUCGCUGCCGAUGACAUACGUGGCAUUCAGUCUCUCUAUGGAGGCCCAGAAAAACAAACACCCUCAUCGGAUCCUCAUAGCCCAGACUCAGCGGCUUGUGACCCCAGUUUGGGUUUUGAUGCUGUCACAACUGUGGGAGACAAAGUUUUUUUCUUUAAAGACAGGUUCUUCUGGUGGAAGCAUCCUGAGGGUCCGGCGAGCAGAGCAGGUUUAAUUUCUUCUUUAGGGCCAAACUUACCAUCCGGCAUUCAAGCUGCUUAUGAAACUGGAGCCAGAAAUAACGUUUUUCUUUUUAAAGAUGACAAGUACUGGCUAAUCAGAAAUUUAAAACCACAGUUAAACUAUCCCAAGAGCAUAUACUCAUUGGGCUUCCCCUACUCUGUGAAAACAGUUGAUGCGGCUGUUUUCGACCCACGUUUCGACAAGACCUACUUCUUUGUAAAUAACCAGUUUUGGAGGUAUGAUGAGAAGAGACAAUCCAUGGACCCUGGUUAUCCCAAACUGAUUACCACAUAUUUCCCAGGAAUUGGGCCCAAAAUCGAUGCAGUCUUCUACUACAAGAGACACUACUAUUUCUUCCAAGGAUCUGACAUACUUGAAUACGAUGUCCUGUCCCAGCGUGUCACCAGAAGACUGAAAAGUAACACCAAGUUUAGUUGUUAAGAACGGUGUAACUAAUGGUGCUUGUCAGUUCACUUCAGUUUAACAAGGAUUUCUUGCCUUCUUGCUGUGUGCCCAGCACUAUUAUAUGGUGACAUGUAUCAUAAAAUAAGGUAAAAUCUUAUAGGCCAUAGAUAAAUGACUAUAUAGAGAAUUGAUUAUACAAAACACAUAAUAAGAUUCUUCGAUUUUGAAAAACCUCAUUCUCAGUUUUUACUGGACUCUACUACUAAGUUUGAAAAGAGACACUUUCAAAAGCCAAGAGAAUAUAUUGGUUGCUAACAUCCUUGAAAUGAGAAAUUACGAUUAUUUCUCUGGCUUAACUAAAUCAAGGAAUGAUUAGUUUCUAUGACCAUUAAACGUUUCA